GUUAUGUCCCUUCUGACUUGCCGUAGUGUUGUUUCUAAAAACUGUCAUGGCGGCGUUCUAGUGUCUUUUUUGCAUAUAUAUUGUGUGUAUAUAUAUUUUAAUCCUGAAUCUUCAGCCAUCAUGGGCGAGACUUUGCGUGAAGACGAGCUGCGGCCGGUCCCCAGAGAGAGAGCCGUGCUGGAGAGCUUCUUUACGCAGCUCGGCAUGUUCUGGUUUGACCGAGCUAAAGACUACGUGGAGAAGGAGAAGGAGCAGAGCAGUAGGAGCGCCGCGGCCAUCUGGAGCUCUCUGCUCGCUGCUCUGGCGCACCUGGCGGCCGCGGAGAAGGCCUACCACAACAUGACCUUCCUCGGGCAAAAACUAGGCGGUCAGUCGUUCUUCAGCAGGAAGGAUUCCAUCAGGACCAUUUACACGUCCCUGCAGAACGAGUUGAAGAAGGUGGUCUCCAUGGGACGCCUGGCACAGACCAGCUCCACGCCGUGCCUGGAGGAGCUGCUCUCGCAUUUAUCCGAGCAGCUGUGCCAUUUCACGCAGGCCAGGAUGGAGCUCGCUGACCUCUACGAGAAGAUGCACUGCCUCGGGAGCCAGAAAACGGUCCACUCCGAGGAGCUGGUGAGCGCUCUGGAGAGCAUCCUGCAUAAAUACAGCUCCAGGUUCCAUCAUCCCAUCCUGAGUCGUCUGGAGAGCGGCUUCCAGGUGGAGGUGGACGUUUUGGCACAGCUGCUGCGCUGCCAGGCUCAGAUCUCCGAGUGGCACUUCCUGCCCUCGCUGCUCAACUUGCACGGCGCUCACGGCAAACUGCAGGCAUGGGCUCAUGUGUUCGAGCGCCAGCGUGAGACCCGCAAGCACCUGUUUGGCGGUCAGUCCCAGAAGGCAGUGCAGCCGCCGCACUUGUAUAUGUGGUUGCAGCGCCUGCAGGGGGCGCUUUUGGCCAAGUUCAGCUUUUAUUUCCAUGAAGCGUUGAGUCGGCAAGCACCGCCCUCAGAAAUGAAGGCGCUGACGGCUCGCACUUCACCCGAUUACUUUGGAAAGAUCUCAGCCUUCGUGCGCAAGCACGACGCCACCAACGUUUCGCUGGUGUUUGACAACCGUGGCAUGGAGAGCUUCCAGGGCCACGGCUACCACCACCCACACUCGUACCGAGAGGCUCCUAAAGGCGUGGACCAGUUCCCUGCUGUGGUGUCCGUUCCGGGAGGCGAGCGGCCGUUAAACCACUGGCCCAACGUCAUCAUGAUCAUGAGCGACCGCACCAACGAGCUCAACACCCUCGACAAAGUUACAUACUUUUACGACGACAAGGUCCAGAGUACGUACUUCAUGACGAGACCCGAGCCUCACUUCACCCUUGUUGUGAUCUUUGACGGUAAGAAGGCGGAGAAAGACUCGCACAUCGUGGGCUUUCUGCACGAGAUUUCUGGCUCACUGAGGAACUCCAAACCCUUCAGCACACUCAAGCCAGGCUCCAAAGGCUGAACAUGAUCAUGUGACCUACUUCACAUCAAGCAUUCAUUAACAUGAGCAAUAUAUAACCUUUAAGAUAAGUUAGAACAUCUCACCCAUGUGAUUUAAACAGUUUCUAUUUGAGUCAUUAUGCUGCUGAAACUUUUUACAUUGUCUUUAUUUUACUCUCAAAAAAACACCAGAGGUCCAGUAGCCAGUCGUUUUCCUUUUGAUUUCACACAACUAUUGUGACCAAUCAGACCACAGAUUGAUUUUUUUUUUGUAGUAUUUUAGUCAUUGUAUUUCAGUCCUGCUGCUAUGAAACCAAUUACCGUUCACCUUAAUUUAAUAUGCAGUGCAUAGCAUUUUAAUAGCGGAUCAUUUGAUUUUAUAAUUCCAUAAUUUCUUUUUUUUGUACUGUAAUUGUUUACAAAAAUAAAGUUUAGAAAUCAUUUAAACAGUUUGCAGCAUGGAGCUAAUUGAACGGAUUCAUUGUGGGAGUUUAUAAAGGAGUGAUGUGUUUACAGUUUGCACUGAAAUGAUUUCACUGCUCAAAAAGAAUCAAAUGAAUAAAUACGUUAUAGCUUUAAAAGGUGGCGAUAAUGAUGUUGAAAUUGGAAAACUUUUGGACAUCUUUGGUGAAGUUCUCACAUUCCUGCAGCUUCAGUAAAAUAUCUGCUUAGGAGAGAAACGCUAGUCUCUGGAAAAUGGAGGAAAAAAAAAGAAUGAUGUGGACCACCAACAUCCAAGAAAUCGUCACAAAGAAGUGUUUCUACUUGCCUAGAAAGCAUGGCUUUGGAGCGAACACAAAAAAAAAAAAGAAAGAAAAAAGAAAAACCCCAAAACUUUUUUGGUUUGAAGUUUGAGCUUUAAAAUGCCCAGCUUUAGCUAAUUUCUGCCAAAUUUCUGACUGAACCUGAAUGUGACUUAAGUGUUCUAAAUGAUCAUCUGUUUUUGUAGAACUUACAAAAGCUGAUAUUCUUGAAAAAAUUUUUUUUUUGUGUGGGUUUAAAUUAUUUUUAUGUGAAAUUAUAACAGGAAUGCAAAACUCCUGAACUUGUUCUGUUCAUUUCUUUCUCUCAUGUGUAUGACUUGACACUUGAUCUGUGAAUAAACUGGAAUGCUAAACCAU